UUUCACUUGCCUUCUUCUUACAUCAUGUCUUAUUGAUGCAUUUUCCGGUUUUUACUGCUAUUUUUCGCAGUAAUUCCUAAAAUUAAAAGUAAUUUUCGUUAGUAUUCGAUUCAAAAAAGGUUCGCAAAGUGUUUGAACUGCUUGACACUUUCACAAAACAUGACCGGCAAUCAAGAAAAGACUGGAGACACUUCUUCCAAAGCUGCUGGACAGAACAAAAGUGAUGUUUCCGACGAAAAUUGGGGUUACGAUUUGUAUCCCGAGCGUCGCGGCGAGAAAUUCAAAUCCAGUUGGAAACGCAUUCUGAUUGGCAAAGAAGGCAACGAGUACGUCGACAAGACCAAAUGCGAGCGAAAUGUCUACAAUUGCGUCAAAAAUAGCCCCUUGGUGAAACUCAUGAUGGGCGCUCUCAAAAGUUCGGGGUGUCCCAUCGACAUUCGGCGUCACAUUUCGUGCGAAGUGUGUGACGAAAGUGUCAGCGGUGGCUACGAUCCGCAAGUCAACCAAAUUGUCGUGUGUCAAAAUAACGCGAGAAAUUUUGGUUUUGUUCAAGGCGUUUUGUCGCACGAGAUGGUUCACAUGUUUGACUAUUGCCGCAACAAUUUGGACUUUAAGAACAUCGAUCAUCUGGCGUGCACGGAAAUUCGGGCUGCCAAUCUUACGCAUUGCAGUUACACGAGUGCCUUUGCGCAGGGCGAUGCGGGCGUCUUUCGGAUCAAAAAAACGCAUCAGGACUGUGUUAAAUCGAAGGCACUGAGUUCCGUGUUGUCAGCGAGAAAUGUCACCGCAAAAGAAGCCAUUGAUGCCAUUGAACGAGUGUUCCCAAAGUGCUAUAACGACUUGGAGCCCGUGGGACGUCGGAUACGAAGAAAUUCGCCGGAUAUGCAUCGGGCGUACGUGGAAGCGCCGUUAUAUGGAUACGAUGUCGAUUAGUCAGUCAAGCAAUUUUUACCUAAAAUUAUAGUUGAAAAAGUAAAGUUUAAAAAAAAAUUAUUUACUCUUUUGUUUAAGAGAAAAUUAGAAAAAUUCGAACAUUCAUAGGUCUUAUUGA